AUGACCACCUUCGCUUUUCCGCCUCGCCAGCUAUACUACGAUGGCAGAAUCCAGCCUGCUUCAUCCGGCAAGACUUUUCGUACCGUCGACCCGUCCAACAAUACCCCACUAGCCGAGAUCCAGGUCGCUUCGCCCUCUGAUAUAGAUGCGGCUAUUGCAGCUGCCGAUCGCGCGUUCCCCUCAUGGUCGCAGACACCGCCAAUUGCUCGGGCGCGCAUUCUCCAAAAGGCCGCGGCGUUGUUGCGGGAACGAAACGACGAGGUCGCGCGUGUCGAAACAUUAGACUCUGGCAAGGCUUAUACGGAAACGAGUACGGUCGAUGUCGUGACCGGCGCGGAUGUGUUGGAAUACUAUGCCAACCUGGUAGGAGGUGGCGGUCUGAAUGGCGAGACGACCCAGUUGCGGGAGGACGCCUGGGUGUUCACGAAAAAGGCUCCCCUUGGAGUCUGCGUGGGCAUCGGUGCAUGGAACUAUCCUAUUCAAAUCGCUCUGUGGAAAUCAGCCCCUUGUCUCGCCGCGGGCAACACCAUGGUUUACAAGCCCAGCGAACACACUCCUCUCCACGCGCAAACCCUCGCUGAGAUUUACCGGGAAGCUGGUCUUCCUGCGGGUGUGUUCAACGUUGUCUAUGGCGCUGGCGAUGUAGGCGCGAACUUGACGACGCACCCGUUAGUCGCCAAGGUCUCCUUCACGGGCCAGGUAUCAACGGGAAUGAAGGUGGCUGGCUCCGCCGCAGGAAACAUGAAGUAUGUGACGAUGGAGCUGGGAGGCAAAAGUCCAUUAAUCGUCCUCCCCGAUGCGGAGCUGGAGAAUGCAGUGAACGGGGCCAUGAUGGCCAAUUUCUACAGCACUGGCCAGGUAUGCACAAACGGAACACGGGUCUUCGUCCCAAGAAGUAUGAAGUCGGAUUUCGAGAAGGCUCUCGUAGACAAGAUGCAAUAUAUCCGCCCCGGUCCCUUGUUCGACAACGCGACCAACUUUGGUCCCUUGAGUUCGGCUAUUCACCUUGAAAAAGUGACCGCGUACAUCCAGCACGGCAUCGAAACCGACAAGGCGACCCUUCUCUAUGGCGGACUUGGAAAGCCCUCGGUACCAAAGGAGUUGGAGAACGGUUUCUGGGUGCGGCCCACCAUCUUCACGGAUUGCACCGAUUCCAUGCGGAUCGUCCAGGAAGAAAUCUUCGGUCCGGUCAUGUCCAUCCUUUAUUACGACACGGUCGAGGAGGCCGUGAGACGUGCAAACACUACCGAGCUUGGUCUUGCGGCGGGAGUCUUCACGCGUGACCUGAAUAUGGCGCAUCGCAUCAUCGACCAGCUCCAAGCAGGUAUCAUGUGGAUCAACACAUGGGGAGAAAGCCCUGCUGAAAUGGCCGUCGGCGGGUGGAAGAAGAGCGGUGUUGGCGUCGAAAAUGGUCGCAGAGGUAUAGAGGCUUGGGUGAGGAACAAGAGCACUCUGGUGGACAUGAACGGGCAGGUCGCCACUGUGUUUGCGAAACUCUAG